GGCACGGAAUUUGAUCCUCUCCAAAACCGCCAAAGAUUUAAAUAAAAAAAUAAAAAAUAAAUAAAAAACUUGUAGUUGAAGGCUUUUUAAUUUUCCUUCUUCUACUUGUAGAUCCAUUAUAGGGAAUACCUUAUAUAUAUAUAUAUAUACUAGACCUGUUUAAUUCCUUGUCUUCUUCGGUUCCUCUUUUUCUUCACCAAUCGUGAUUUAGGACGAGAGACCUCCCACCCACCAUCUUCAACAGGUUCUUAGACCCCUCAAAUCUUUUUUCUAACCUUUCUUUUUGCUCUUUCUGAAUUUGUAUAAAGGUAAUUUGUAAACAAACAAAUUGGGUUUUGAGGUUUGGGGAAUUUAAUUGGUGGGAAAAGAAACAGAUGGACCAGAUUGAUUACAGAGAAGACCAAAUAUCCAUUAUCGUUGAUGAUGACGAAAUUUUGCAUUCUGGGUCUGAAAACGAUGAGGUUAACUCCAAUGGGUCGGAUCGGAAUGGGGUUUUUGCUCGGUAUGGUAUGGUUAGCGUAGAAGAAGGGAGUAUGGAGCAUGAAGUAGUUAAGAGAAGCUUUCUUUAUGGUAUGGGAUUGGCUUCCAAGGACACCAAUAUUGUGGAUAUUAAUAAGAUCAAUCUGAAUUCUGGUUUAACUAGGCAAGCCAAGGCCAAAUCGUUUCGGAUUUUCUCGCAGGCGGUUGCUGAAAAAUGUGGAGGGGAUGCGAAUAUCAAGCAUGCUUGGUAUGGUGCUUCGAGGGAUGAGAUUUUUGGGAUUGUAUCACAUGGGUUUAGUUCGUGUGGAAGACCUGGAAAACAGGAUUCGCAUGGUGUCGGUGUCGAAUUGUUUCCGGCUAAGUUUUCCAUCGAUGGCAGUGCAUUGUCCUCUGUUGCCGAUGAAAGUGGGGUGAGGCAUAUAUUACUAUGCCGUGUCAUAAUGGGGAAAUCGGAAGUUAUUCAUCCAGGUUCAAAGCAAUUUCAUCCAAGUUCCAAUGAGUUCGACUCUGGUGUUGACAAUCUCUUGUCCCCUAGGAAAUAUAUCAUAUGGAAUGCUUUCAUGAAUUCUCAUAUUUUCCCUGAAUUUGUCAUAAGUUUCAAAUCGCCUUGCUUAAAGGAGUUUCAAAGAAAGCAGGCGGCAAAUAUAUUAAAACCCUCAUCUCCAUGGAUGAGUUUCCCAACUUUGAUUUCCAUACUCUCAAAGUUUUUGCAUCCUACAAAAAUGACCCAGAUUGUCAAAUGCCACAAUGAUUUCCGGGCAAAUAAGAUUAGGAGGCCACAGCUAAUUCAGAAAGUGAGGACCAUAGCUGGAGACAAGUUGUUAGUUGCUGUAAUUAAAUCCUAUAGAAACAAAGCGUGAUCAAGUUGACAACAGCUAGUUUUGGGUUGGUGGGGAUUUUCAUUAGGAGGUAGAUUCCUUUCUUUUUUUUUUUUUUUCUUUUUUUUUUUUUUUUUUUCCUUUGGGUAAUUCUUUCAUAUAGAUUAGCUUUUAGUUUUUAGAUUUAUACUUGAUGGACUUGUGAUACUGGGGAAAAAAAAAAAAAUUACAAAGAAUGUGAAAGGUUAGUCCAAUGGGGCUUUCCUUCAUAUCAAAUUGGAAUUUCACAAUCUUCGCUGCUCUGUAACAAAAACAGGGGGUUAUUGAAAGAAAUACAAAAAUUAAACACAGUUGCUUGAUUACAAAAAA